AUGGCUACACCCAUUGCACCCCUCACCGCAACGGACGAGGUCAAAGCUUCGGAAGGGAAUGAUUUCAUUGAGGUCAUGAAGGAGGUCAGCGAUGAGAUUGACCAUGCCGCUGAAAGAGCAGUCACCCGAAAGACAGAUCGCAUCCUUCUACCAGUGCUCUGCACUUUGAUGCUGGUUGCAUUCCUUGAUCGCACGAAUAUCGGCUCGGCUCGAGUGUUUGGCCUCGAUGCAGACCUUAACAUGACUGGAAGUGACUACAACAUUGCCCUGUUCAUCUUCUUCAUCCCGUAUCUACUGUUGGACGUUCCUGCAAACAUCAUCAUGAAAAAGGUCCAGCCUCCAUACUAUUUCACCUUUCUUAUAUUUUCCUGGGGUAUGGAUAUCUGGACCCCUGAUCUUGGAAAUGGAGACAUGCUUACAUGA